AUGAUCCAGCGCUUGAAGGCCCUCAGAGAGAGCACAUCGGGCCCAAUGACUAUGGACUUUGAGGAUGAAGACGCGACGGUUGUGCCAUGGAUGAUCGAGUUCCUUUAUCGCGGCUCCAUCACCAAUCAGCUCUGCCGCUCGUGCUCCGAAUCCUCGACUACGAUCGCCAACAUCCGCAAGAAUCUAGAUUCUCUCGACAGUAUAGAAAAGCUCUUCCGUCUCUGGACCCUGGCAUUCAGACUGAAGUUUCCGAAACUACAAAAUGAGACGAUUCGACUACUCUGCUUGAAACUAGGUUUCUACCCCAGUGCUGACAAGUGCGAGGACGCUCGGAUUGAUGAAGCCAUUGAAUGGGCAAAUGAAAAUGCCUCGGCACCUCUAAGUAAUUUUAUUACUCGAGUGUUUUGGGAUCGUGUACCUUUGAAGCUAUGGAAACAACCUCCGUAUAAUACAUUGCCCUUGGUAGCCGUGGUCAAUGAGAUGAAGGGCAUACUUGAGAAGAAGCCAUUUGAUAUCCGGGAUUUCUAUGUGGAGGAGUAG